UUGACAUAUGACAUCUUAUGUCAAAAUAAUAAAUUUGCACUUUGCUGUGCGGAACGUAUGACUAUGUAUGUAAUCUAGACGAUAUUGAGUUAAUUUUAAUAACGUCGAGCCAAGUGUAUCAAGUGUUAAACAAUUACCUUUAUUAUAAAAUGAGUGCGGUGCCUGAGAACGCUCCACAACAUUGCCCUGGCACUCAAAGUGAAGAUGCAGGAAAGGUCUCCGCAUGCGCUGGUUGCCCAAACCAGAAUAUUUGCGCUUCAGGUGCAGCAGCUGGUCCUGACCCAGCUAUACAAAUAAUAAGAGAGCGCCUAUCAAAUGUGAAGCACAAGAUUCUGAUCCUGUCUGGUAAAGGUGGAGUAGGCAAGAGCACUGUGACUUCCCUCCUUGGACAUGCCUUGGCUGCAAGGAACCCAGAAGUCAAUGUUGGUAUUCUGGAUGCGGAUAUCUGCGGGCCGAGCCAGCCGCGAGUGCUCGGCGUGAGAGGCGAACAGGUGCACAACUCGGGCUCAGGAUGGUCGCCAGUUUAUGUAUCAGACAAUCUGUCGCUAAUGUCGAUCGGCUUUCUACUGGGCAGUCCAGAUGACGCGGUUAUAUGGAGGGGGCCUAAGAAAAAUGGUAUGAUCAAGCAGUUCUUAAGUGAAGUGGAUUGGGGAGAUCUCGAUUACUUGCUAAUAGACACGCCACCAGGCACAUCGGACGAGCACCUAUCCGCAGUGCAGUACCUGUCCAACGCGGGUCUCGACGGCGCGGUAGUAGUGACCACGCCGCAGGAGGUGGCGCUGCUGGACGUCCGCAAGGAGCUGCACUUCUGUAAGAAGGUCGGGGUCAAGGUCAUCGGCGUGCUGGAGAACAUGUCGCUCUUCGUAUGCCCUAACUGCAAGACUCGUAGUGAAAUAUUCCCGGCGACGACGGGCGGGGCAUCACAGAUGUGUUCAGAGUUGUCUCUCCCGCUGUUGGGCAGUUUGCCGCUCGACCCUAUCCUGGCGCGCUGCUGCGACGACGGCCGCGACUUCCUGCAGGAACUGCCCAGCUCACCCGCUGUCAUAGCGCUGCGCUCCAUAGUAGACAAAAUUGUGGCAACAUGCGAUAAGAAUUCGAGUUGAAACAAGAAGUGGACAUAGAUGCCUUAUAAGAUGAAGAUAAUAUAAAAUCUGUAUUAUAAAUCCUAUGUAUGUUUAUGACCUAGUCAAUUUUAUUGUUCAAUUGUGUUAUUAAUGGAUUGGCUCAGUGUCAGGACUGCUAAGAUAAGUGUACUUACGAUGUGUAAAGUGACCACCUUAUACAACUAAAUAACUAUGUACUGAAUCUAUUGGUUACAAAUAUAUCAUGUUCGUUAAAUA